UUUUUUUUUUUUAUUUAUUUAUUUAAUUGCUACCUUUUAUUUACAAAUAUUAGAUAGGUAAAUAAAGCAUAAGGAUGAAAAUCAGAGAAAUCCUUUGUGGUUUAUUAUCCACUACAUUUGUAUUAAGGGUUGCUACUAUACCUUUAUUCGAAAUACCAAAUGAUUAUGAUAGAUACGGUAAUGAAUGUCCUCUGUUCGCCCAUAAUGAUAUCAAAUGCCCAUUACUUUGUGUCAGGAGUUAUGAUCUUUGUCCGCCUUCAUUAGCCGCUAAUUGUCCUCCUGGUUUAAGCUUUUGUGGGGAUGGCACUUGUCAAGUCUCUUGUGAAGGGAUUGAAAACGCCUGUCAAUGUGGAGAUGUCUCUCUCAAUUACGUACCUUGUUCUGCUGGUCAAUUAGUUAAUAUUUCUCAUUUUGAUCCUGUUAAUCAGGUUGUUCAAAUACAAAAUUUCUGUGCUUCAAAGGCUGAUAUCAAUAAUCGAAUAAUUAAUACCUGGGGUAAUUUUAGCACAUCAUCAGUCUGGUUAUCUUGUCCUAUCACUGAACCUUAUUUUACUUAUACUGAACCUAUGUGGAUUGCUGUAUGGUCAUUAAUGGGUAUUGAAGCUGCUAUUUUAAUAUUAUGGUGUAUUUAUAAAGUGAUUCGUGAGGCCAAAUUUCAUCGUGAAGUGAAAAGUACAACAGCUUAUUCUAUAGAUAAUACCAACAAUUCGAUUAAAGUUAACAGUCAGAUUGAUGAAUCAGAUGUAAUUAAAGAAAAGUCCGAAUUAUACAAGAAAUCCGAAAACGAUAAUUCUACCAUCGGCAGUGAAUCAUUUAUUGAAGAAUCAGAAAAGCUAAGAUUUAGAGGCUUUUCUAAUGAUUAUUUUGGUAUAUUUGCUUUUGGUUCUGUUAUUAUAACUACCUUAUUAUUCUUUGUUUUCCUUGGUUGUCUUGUUGGUGAUUAUUACGGAACUUUGGGUGGCGAACAAUUAGCAGUCUUUUUAACAGGCGAUCUUUCAUCCAAGAUUUUUGCUGCUGUAUGGCAUCUAGCAGCUGCUUGGUUUUGUAUUAUAAUGCUUACUAAAAAAGAAUUCUCUUACCCACAUACAUGCCCCUUUGUUCAAGUAGAGCGUAAACAAGAUGAAUUGGUCUUUUUAGCGGAUGGUAGUAAAUGGAUUUCAAAACUUAGGGAAAUUGAACAACGUGUCACCAAACAGCUUGGAAUGGACAUUAUGGUGUCUACUUGUAAGGUCAAGUUUGCAGAAAAUAGACUUCGUUACUUUGAAUAUCAAUGUAUGAGAUAUGUAUAUAAUUCUGAUAAGAGACGUUUUGAGCCUUACGAGUAUGAUUUGGGAAACACACAUAGAAAACUUCAAGCUUGGUCAAAGGGUGUAUCCACAGAGGAUGCUAAAGUAAGAGCCGCCAUGUUAGGUGCUAAUAUUAUUAAAGUGGAUGUUCCAUCAAUUCCUUUAGCCAUCGUCCAAGAAUUCUCUUCCUUUUUAUAUCUUUAUCAAAUGAUGUGCAUGUGGGUAUGGUAUUACUUUCAAUAUUAUAAAAUGGGUCUUGUUCAAACAUGUAUUAUUCUUGUUGCUGCCAUUAUUCAAGUCUUUUUACGUCUUAAAGCAGAACAUCGAAUUAAGGAAAUGGCCGAACAUGUUACCGAUGUUACUGUACUACGUGAUGGUCAGUGGAUUACAACUUCAAGCGCUAGUUUAAUUCCAGGUGAUGUUUUUGAAGUUGAAGAAAAUACAAUUGUUCCUUGUGAUGCUGUUAUUCUAUCUGGCACAGUUGUUGUAAAUGAGUCUUCUCUUACAGGUGAAGCGAUGCCCAUUCGAAAAUUGGCUAUUCCAAAUGAUGAUAAUUUGUAUGAAAUGAAUGGAUCUGGUAAAGUGAACACUUUGUUUGCUGGUACCAUCGUCUCUCAGACUACCACACUCGAUCAUGAACGUGUGUAUGCAUUGACGCUUCGUACUGGUAUUGCCUCUGAAAAGGGUAUGCUUAUUCAUAAAAUCCUUUUCCCUUCCCCUGUCUCCUUCAUCUUUAAUGAACAUCUCAAGGUGGCUAUCUCAAUCCUUCUUAUCUGGGGUCUCAUCGCCUUUUGUUUGACUUUAUAUCUUAUGGGUCGUGGAAAUAUUACGAGCUGGUUUUAUGGUGUAUUUAUCAUGUCUGAAAUUUUUUCACCUUUACUUCCUGCUGCUUUUACAAUUAAUCAAUCUGUCUGUUCCGCACGUCUUCGUCGAAAGAAAAUCCUCUGCAUUGAUCUUCCUCGUAUCAAUCUCUCUGGCAAAGUGCGGAUUUUCUGUUUCGAUAAGACUGGAACGUUAACUCGUGAGGGACUGGAGUUUUAUGGUGCUGUAGCUGCACCUUCAGCUGUGAUUGGCCCCUUUGGUACACGUGAAGAAGAUUCACUUAAGAUGGAACCCAUCUUAUCGAUGGGUAUUGCUACAUGUCAUGCUGUUACAGAGGUGAAAGGAGAAUAUAUUGGUAAUCCUGUAGAUAUUGAGUCCUUUAAUGCUAUGAAAUGGGAGCUUUUAAAGCCUGAAAGACCUGAGUAUCUAGAUACCUUAGCUGCACCCUCCACGACCCCUACAAAGAAGAAAAGACUGGUUCAUGUCAUUCGUCGCUUUGAAUUUGUUCACGCUCGUGCUUCUCAAUCCGUUGCUGUUUUCGAUCCAGAGACACAGCACGUCCACGUCUAUCUGAAGGGUUCAUUUGAACGUAUUAAGCAUUAUUCUCAACCGGACUCUAUUCCUGUUGACUAUGAUCAACAGGCAGCUAAAUAUGCUCAAGAGGGGUGUUACGUUCUUGCCAUUGCUCAUCGUGAUCUUGGUGUUUUAGAGAAGGAUAUAAGGAUGGAGGAAAUAAAGUUAAUGACACGUGAUGAGCUUGAACGAGGCUGUCACUUUUCUGGUUUUGUUCUCUUUCGUAAUAUGUUGAAACAUGAUACAAGGGAAGCGAUUAUGGAAUUAAAGGGGGGUGAUACACGUGUUGUCAUGAUCACAGGUGAUACAGCAUUGACGGGCAUCUAUAUUGCUCGACAAUGUGGCAUGAUCGAACCUCACCAACGUAUUCUUCUAGCUGAUCUUGUGUCUGGUACUGUAGUUUGGCAUGAUAUUGAAUCCGGAGAGCAAAUAAAUAUCGACGAGGUGAUUGAGAUGGACCCUCGUGAAGAACACGAAAAGCGUAUUGAACUUGCUAUGACGGGUCGGGCAUUUGAGGCCUUAGUGCAGCAAGAUAAGAUACGUAACUAUCUAAUGAUGACGCGUGUGUUUGCACGUAUGACGCCUAAUAACAAAGUAUCGUGUGUUCAAUUACAUAUGGAAAAGGCUGUGACAGCUAUGUGUGGUGAUGGUGGCAAUGACUGUGGUGCAUUACGAGCAGCUCAUGUUGGUUUAGCAUUAUCAGAGGCAGAGGCGUCUAUUGUUUCCCCUUUUAGUACUAGUAAUCGAUCCAUUAUGCAAUGUGUAGAACUUUUAAAGCAAGGUCGAUCUGCACUGGCUACUAGCUUUUCAAACUAUAAAUUUUUAAUCUUAUAUGGUGAAUCAAUGGCCUUUUGGGAGCUUAUCAUGUUUUAUUUUACUGUCAUUGCUUCUCAACCUAUCUGGAUUACUAUUGAUGGAUUUAUUACAACAACCAUGACUUUAGCUAUCACACAAGCUCAGCCUGCAAAAAAAUUAGCUCCUUGUCGACCCACUGCAAAGCCUUUAGGAUUGUAUACCUUGGCGUCUUUACUUGGUGUUAUUUUUAUUAACUUUUGGUUUAUCGUGUGCAGUGUUGUUUGGCUAUUUCAACAAGAUUGGUUUAUUUGUAAAGAAUUCGAUAGUUCAUCCAUUGAUUCAGCCCAAUGGUGGUUAAUUGGUGAUAAUUAUGAAGCAGAAAUUAUAUCACUCGUCAUCAUGUUUCAAUUCUUUAAUAGCGGUGCCAUUGUUAACUUUGGAUCACAAUUCCGACAAAGCUGGUGGAGAAAUUACAUGUUAGUUUUUAUCUGGGCAUGUUUCUUUGUGAGCACAAGUUACUUGGUAUUAGCGGAUCCAAACCCCUAUAGUUGUAUCUUCCGACUAAACUGUGGUACUAGUAGCGUAUUAGAAGAACUCGGAUAUCCUAAGCCCUAUUGGGACAUUCCAGCCUAUAACUCACCUGUAGGACAUAAUGUUCUGCCUAAAGAUUUUAGAUGGAAAUUAUGGGGCUACAUAUUGGCUAACUGUGCUUGUAACAUCAUUUGGGAACGUAUUUGUAUUCUUUGGAUUGCUUGUGAUUGGGCUGUAAAGCGGAAAAAGACACAUCCAAAGGAAAAUAGAGCCAUAUUCAAGCUUUAGAAGAAAAACAAAGCAUAUAACUUUACAUAUUAUUAUUUUGUUAUUUUUUUUUAUAUUUAUAUACAUGCAUAUAGAUAUAUAUUUGUUUAUACUGUUUAUUCCUUUUAUAUUAUUAAUAUAUGACUUUAAUAAAAAAAAAA